AUGAGCGCCCCGACGACGACGACGACCGACAGCAGCAUGACGUCCAAGGACUACUACUUUGACUCGUACUCGCACUUUGGCAUCCAUGAGGAGAUGCUCAAGGACGCGGUGCGCACCAAGACGUACAUGAACGCGAUCUUGCAGAACGGCCACCUCUUCAAGGACAAGGUCGUGCUCGACGUCGGCUGCGGCACGGGCAUCCUCUCCAUGUUUGCGGCCAAGGCCGGCGCCGCGCACGUCUACGGCAUCGACUGCUCCGGCAUCAUCACGCAGGCCAAGCAGAUUGUGCACGACAAUGGCUUCUCGGACCGCAUUACGCUCAUCAAGGGCAAGGUCGAGGAAGUCGAGCUGCCCGUGCAGCACGUCGACAUUAUCAUUUCCGAGUGGAUGGGCUACUUCCUCCUCUACGACUGCAUCAAGAAGAUCGCGAUGACCGAGCCGCUCGUCGACACGGUCGAAGGCGACGCGAUCGUCUCGAACGUCUGCCCGAUCCUCGACAUUGACUUGGCGACCGUCAAGAAGGAAGACCUCGCGUUCAAGUCGCCGUUCUCGGUCGUCUGCGCGCGCAAGGAUUUCUGCCACGCGCUCGUCGCGUACUUUGACUGCGCGUUCACGCACUGCCACAAGCCGAUUGCGUUCUCGACGGGCCCGCGCGCCAAGUACACGCACUGGAAGCAGACCGUGUUUUACCUCUCGCAGCCGCUGACCGUGCGCGCCGGCGACGUCAUCGAAGGCACGCUGAGCUGCGUGCCCAACGCCGCCAACCCGCGCGACCUCGACAUUGAGAUUGACGUGCACUUUGACGGCGCCAGCAGCUUCCACGAAAAGCACCAGUACUACCUGCGAUAA